AUGGCGGACGACGCCGUCGCCGGAGCGGCCGGUCCCUGCGCGCGCCCGGCCCCGCCGUCGUCCAGGAGGCAGCAGCACCUCGACGACGACGCCGGCUGCGGCGGCCACCGCCAACACGACGUGAUCAUGCUGAGGCGGACGAGGAGCGGGCGGGCGUUCCCGCCGCCGAUCUCCGUGAUCGGCAAGGGCGGGCGGCCGUGGCUCAGCCUCCGGGCGCACCGCGAGGGCGGCCGCCUCGUGCUGCGGGAGAUGCGCUUGCCGUCGCAGGAGCUGCUGCAGCCCUGCAAGGAGGACGGCAGGUUCAAACUCCUCAUCCACCCGGAGGCCGGCGGCCGGGCUGCGGUGGCACCGCAGGAGCGGCAGGGGAAGGAUAAGAGCUGCUCCUGAUCAGCUGACCAGAUGAUCUGCCGCUACGUCGUGUACGGGCUGGCUCGUUG